AUGGCCACUAUAAAGCCUAUUGAGGGUCGCUCGGUCCAUCAAAUCCAGUCCGGACAAGUCAUUGUAGACCUAUGCUCGGUGGUGAAGGAGCUGGUGGAAAACAGCUUGGACGCCGGAGCUACUUCGAUCGAAGUGCGGUUCAAGAAUGAUGGGCUGGAUUCAAUCGAGGUGCAGGACAAUGGAAGUGGCAUAGACCCUCAGAACUAUGAGAGUAUAGCUCUCAAACACUAUACCUCGAAACUUGCCUCCUACGAUGACCUCACGUCCCUGACGACCUUCGGAUUCCGCGGCGAAGCACUCUCUUCGCUAUGUGCUGUGUCCAAUUUCCAUAUAAUCACCGCUCAGGCGCACCAAGCGCCAAAGGCAAAUAAACUAGAGUUCGAACAUUCGGGGAAACUCAAGGGAUCUCAAAUCGUCGCAGGACAAAAAGGGACCACAGUGUCCAUUUCGAAUCUGUUUUCCAGGCUUCCGGUGCGCCGAAAAGAGUUGGAGAAAAAUAUCAAGCGCGAACUGGGCAAGGUUAUCAAUUUACUCAAUGAAUAUGCUUGUAUCAGCACCGGAGUACGGUUCAGUGUCAAGAAUACAGACUCUAAGAAAAGACAACUCGUGCUGUUGACGACCAAAGCAAAUGCAUCGAUAAGGGACAACAUUGCUAAUGUCUAUGGAGCUAAGACAUUGCUGACAUUGAUUCCUCUUGAAUUAGAGCUUGAGUUUGAGCCAUCAGCAACCGGGAAGAGACUUAACAGGGACCUAAAUAAAAUCCACGUUCGCGGCUAUGUCUCACGUCCUGUGGUGGGAGAAGGAAGAGGUACACGCGAUCGCCAAAUGUACUAUGUCAACUCGCGGCCAUGUGGUAUUCCGCAAAUUGCCAAAGCUUUCAAUGAAGUAUACAAGACCUACAAUAUCUCCCAGGCACCAUUCGUACUCGCCGAUUUUCAGAUGGAUACGAACGCGUACGAUGUGAAUGUGUCGCCGGACAAACGCACAAUUCUUUUACAUGACUCUGCUGCGCUCAUUGAGUCGUUGAAAGAGGCAUUGGAUCAGAUGUUUCAGGACGCUGAGCAGACAGUUCCACAGUCUCAGUUUACGAUUAAUAAGCAGCAAACUGAUAUCCAACAACGAUUAAAACCAUCUCCCAUGAGGGCGCCAUUAGAUAGAUCUAGGACUGAACAAGCUACACCUACCGAGGAAAGCCAGACAGAUAGAUCUGAACCAGUGCAGGUUACACAUCAGCAUGCCCAAGAAGACAAAACCGCGGAGGUGGCAGACAAUGAAAAUAUCACGCAGGAAACUACCGACAGUCAAGUUACGGCUAUUAGUGAAGAUGCAGCUGCUGACGAAUCAGAUCAUGCUGAAGAUGCCGAUGAAGCAGUCAAAAGAAUAAGGGCACGAGCUGCUGAAUUGUCUCCGCAACCAGGUGAGAGACGCAUUUUGACAUUGCAGAGCCAAUCUCCCCCAAAACAAAAUAAUGUUAUCCAAAACGCCUUUGAUCGGAUGCGACCAAGACGGCCACCGGCUGAAAUUGCUACAAUCACCAUAGGUGACAAAGUGACGACAUCGAUUGUUGGCCAUGGUACGCUGCGCAAGAGAGAUUCUUUUACUGCGGGUAACACAGAGGGCAAACGGCAAUCAAAGCGCAGAAUCUAUACUCCAUCAAAGCCGAACAUAUUCGGUCAAAAUCUCAGAUCUUUCAUUGCUCCGGGCAUUCAAACUCAAGCUCAAGAAGACGAGGUUGAGGAGGACAUGGAUGAGGACGAUGGAAGUAACGACGAGGAAAUGUUAGAGGACACCCACUCAUCAGUCCAUUCCGAAGAGUCACCGGAUGAAACAGAGCCAGUUGACGAACCUGUUGGCGAGACUUUCAACGAGCGGGCUGAAAGUCUGCCACUAGAUGAUGCCUCCACUGAGCCUGCCAAGGGUGUUAUAGAUGAGCAGGAGAAGAAAGCUCGUGAGGACGCCAAAGUCCAAGAUUUAAUUCGAAAAGCAGAGGAAAAAGGCGCGACUCAUGGCGAAAACCAUAUCAAACGUGGGAAGUAUAUCGAGAAAGAACAACAAACUAAUAAACAUUCCACAGCUCAAAUUGUUGGAACACUUGAAAGCUCUUUUGCUAAGAUCCAGGCUCAAAUGGAGACUCUCCAGAGACAGUUGGGUUCAUACAAAGCACUUGAUGAAUCCAAAGACGACGAUGAAUUAUUUGUUAAUCAACAAAAAACCGGCGAAGAGCGUCUCUCGUUGACGGUAUCGAAAGAUGACUUUGCCAAAAUGCGGAUUGUAGGACAGUUCAAUCUAGGGUUUAUACUCGCAACCCGAUCCCACGGAGCCGAUGAGCCAACAGCUUCUGCAGAAGAUGAGCUUUUUAUUAUCGAUCAGCAUGCAUCAGAUGAAAAAUACAAUUUCGAGCGACUUCAGGCUGAGACUGUCGUGCAGAACCAGCGCCUCGUACAUCCGAAAACACUAGACCUGACAGCUGUCGAAGAAGAAAUAAUCAGAGAGAACAAGCUAGCUCUCGAGAAGAAUGGAUUCGUCAUCGAAGUAGACGAUAGUGGCAACGAACCCAUUGGUCGACGAUGCAAGCUCGUAUCACUUCCACUAAGCAAAGAAGUUGUCUUUGAUAUUCGCGAUCUUGAAGAACUCAUCGUCCUACUUUCCGAAGCUCCGACUAGCGCCACAAGAAACGCAACGACAUCGGAUACAUACAUCCCCCGGCCCAGCAAGGUACGAAAGAUGUUUGCUAUGCGCGCAUGUCGAUCAAGUAUCAUGAUCGGCAAGACCUUAACCGUUAAACAAAUGGAGAAAGCAGUACGGAAUAUGGGAACGAUUGAUAAGCCUUGGAAUUGUCCUCAUGGGCGGCCGACAAUGAGGCAUUUGAUGAGUUUGGGGUCUUGGGACGAAUAUGAUGAAUAUAAUUUGAGCAAUGAGCGAUAUAUAGGCGAGGGAGAUUCACGGGGUCCUUGGCAGAGAUACUCUGAUUUGCAGAAUCAGGAAGAGGAAGAGGAAGAGGAAGAGUCGGACGAGGGAGAAGAAGGUGAAGAGUGA